AUGGCUGACGGUGUUUUCCAAGGUGCUAUUGGUAUCGAUUUAGGUACUACCUACUCAUGUGUUGCUACAUACGACUCAGCAGUUGAAAUUAUUGCCAAUGAACAAGGUAACAGAGUUACUCCUUCUUUCGUCGCUUUCACUAGUGAAGAAAGAUUAAUUGGUGAUGCUGCCAAGAAUCAAGCUGCUUUGAACCCAAAGAAUACUGUUUUCGAUGCUAAGCGUUUGAUUGGUAGAGCUUUCGAUGAUGAAUCCGUCCAAAAGGAUAUCAAGUCAUGGCCAUUCAAGGUUAUCGAUGUCAAUGGACAACCUCAAAUUGAAGUUGAGUACUUGGAUGAAACCAAGACCUUCUCCCCACAAGAAAUCUCCUCAAUGGUUUUGACCAAGAUGAAGGAAAUUGCCGAAGCUAAAAUUGGUAAAAAGGUUGAAAAAGCUGUUAUCACUGUCCCAGCUUACUUCAACGAUGCUCAAAGACAAGCUACCAAGGAUGCUGGUGCCAUUGCCGGUUUGAACGUUUUGAGAAUCAUUAACGAACCAACUGCUGCUGCCAUUGCUUACGGUUUGGGUGCUGGUAAAUCUGAUAAAGAAAGACACGUUUUGAUUUUCGAUUUGGGUGGUGGUACUUUCGAUGUUUCUUUGUUGAAUAUUACUGGUGGUGUUUUCACCGUUAAAGCUACUGCCGGUGACACCCACUUGGGUGGUCAAGAUUUUGACACCAACUUGUUGGAACACUUUAAGAACGAAUUCAAGAGAAAGUCCGGUAAGGAUAUCUCUGGUGACGCUAGAGCUUUGAGAAGAUUGAGAACUGCUUGUGAAAGAGCAAAGAGAUCAUUGUCUUCUGGUACUCAAACCACUGUUGAAAUUGACUCAUUGUUUGAUGGUGAAGAUUUCUCUGCCAACAUCACCAGAGCCAGAUUCGAAGACAUCAACGCUGCUUUGUUCAAGUCCACUUUGGAACCAGUUGAACAAGUUUUGAAGGAUGCUAAGGUCAACAAGUCCCAAGUUGACGAAGUUGUCUUGGUUGGUGGUUCAACCAGAAUUCCAAAAGUUCAAAAAUUGUUGUCCGACUUCUUUGACGGUAAACAAUUGGAAAAAUCCAUCAACCCAGAUGAAGCUGUUGCUUACGGUGCCGCUGUUCAAGGUGCUAUCUUGACUGGUCAAUCAACCAACGAUGAAACCAAGGACUUGUUGUUGUUGGAUGUUAUUCCAUUGUCCCUCGGUGUUGCUAUGCAAGGUAACGUUUUUGCUCCAGUUGUUCCAAGAAACACCACUGUUCCAACCAUCAAGAGAAGAACCUUCACCACUGUUGCUGACCACCAAACCACUGUGCAAUUCCCAGUUUACCAAGGUGAACGUGUUAACUGUACCGAAAACACCUUGUUGGGUGAAUUCGACUUGAAGAACAUCCCACCAAUGCAAGCUGGUGAACCAGUUUUGGAAGCUAUCUUUGAAGUUGAUGCUAACGGUAUCUUGAAGGUUACCGCUGUUGAGAAGUCAACUGGUAGAUCCGCCAACAUCACCAUCUCCAACUCAAUUGGUAGAUUGUCCACCGAAGAAAUCGAAAAGAUGAUCAACGAUGCUGAAAAAUUCAAGUCAUCCGAUGAUGCUUUCGCCAAGAGACACGAACAAAAGCAAAAAUUGGAAGCUUAUGUUGCUUCAGUUGAAUCCACUGUUACUGACCCAGUCUUGAGCGCUAAAUUGAAGAAAUCCGCCAAGGACAAGAUUGAAGCUGCUUUGUCUGACGCUUUGCAAACCUUGGAAAUCGAAGACUCUUCGGCUGACGACUAUAGAAAGGCUGAAUUGACCUUGAAGAGAGCUGUUACUAAAGGUAUGGCUACUCGUUAA